AUGGCAGGUCCCCUGCUCCAGCCCCUGCUGCUCCUACUGCUGUCCUUCGCUCUGGGAUCUGCUGCACAAGCAGGAAAGAACUCGGGGGAACGGAUCAUCGAAGGCGUUCCAUGUCCAAGACGGUCCCACCCCUGGCAGGUGGCCCUGCUCAAAGGCAACCAGCUGCACUGUGGGGGCGUGCUGGUCAACGAGGAGUGGGUGGUCACCGCCGCCCACUGCCAGAUGAGUGACUACAACGUGUACAUGGGCAGCUUUCGGCUGAACAGCAGGAGAGGCCAGAAGAUCAAGGCCACGGAGUCGUUCGUCCACCCCGCCUACUCCACCCAGACCCACGAGAACGACAUCAUGCUGGUGAAGCUGAGCGAGCCCGCCCAGCUGACCUCGGCCGUGAAGAAGGUCAACCUGCCCACCCAGUGCGACCCGGCCGGGACCCCCUGUACCGUUUCCGGCUGGGGCACCAUCACCAGCCCCGACGUGACCUUCCCGUCGCAGCUCAUGUGCACGAACAUCAGGCUGAUCUCCCCCCAGAACUGCAAGAAGAUUUACAAGGACCUUCUGGGGAAGUCCAUGGUGUGUGCCGGCGAGCCCAACUCCAGGACCAACGCCUGCAACGGUGACUCAGGGGGACCGCUGAUCUGCCAAGGCACCCUGCAGGGCCUGGUGUCCUGGGGCGCAUUCCCGUGUGGCCAACCCAACAACCCCGGUGUUUACACCCAAGUCUGCAAGUUCACCGACUGGAUCAACCAGACCAUAAAAAACAACAGCUAA